AUGGAACUUAAGGUUUGGGUUGAGGGCAUUCAAAGAAUAGUUUGUGGUGUUACUGAACAAACUACUUGCCAGGAUGUAGUUUAUGCUCUUGCUCAUGCAACUGGCAAAACUGGGCGAUUUACAUUAAACGAACGAUGGCGAAGCAAUGAACGUCUGCUUUCACCUCAAGAUCAUCCAUUAAAAAUUCUGAUGAAAUGGGGCAAAUAUUCUCACGAUGUUCAGUUUGUUUUGCAACGCUCUCAUUUAGAUGACAAUAAAGUAGGAGUUAGUGAUAAUCAAACUAAGCAAAAAUCAGUUGUAACUGAUGCUAUGCAUAAUCAUGGAUCAUCUUUUUAUCAAGAUAUUUCUAAACCUGCAGACAAAAAUAAAGAUAUUAAAAAGUCAUUAAGUUUAGGUGGAAAUAUUUUAUCACAAGAGACUGUUGAGCUGAAAACUGACAAUAUAGGUAUAGUAAAAGGAAUACCCCAGAAAAAUUAUGAUUUUGAAAAUAAAGACUCGAGGCAAAUAUUAAAAUAUGAUGACAAUAUCUACAACCCAUCAUCUGCAAAAACCGAUAAUUGUUUAACAAAUUAUCAAUCUGCUCAAUUGAAGAGAGAAGCUCCACCUUACAGAAAUCCUCCUGGGCCUGUAAAUAAUUUAAAUUCAUCACAUCAAAGAGUUUUACCUCCUUAUAGAGAUCCUCCUCCUCCAACUUUAAGUCCUAGUAAAAGUAUUUCAAGUGGAACUAGAUCAACAUCACCAAGCUCAAAUAGUAGUGUAAUAUCUCAAUCGAGUGGCAAAAUUCCAAAGCCCAAAAGAAAUUUAGUCAAAGAUUUUCAAUCCUCCCACUCCUCAUCAGGGGAAAUGUCAUUUCAGGAAUCAAUAAUGUGUAACACUCAAUAUAGGGAUCUUGUUAGGCUAGUAAACUUGCAAAGAGAAAAAUUAUCAGCACAACAGUGUGAGCUAACCAAGUUUGAUGCAGAAAUAAUUUAUUGGGAAGCAAAAACUAAAGAACAGCAACAUCAAAUAGAUUAUAUUACUCAAGAAAAAAUUAAAAUUGAAAAUAUCAGUAGGCAAAAUGAAGAUCAUUUAAGAACUUUAGCUCAUGCUGAAGAAGAAUUUGAAAUUGUUAGGCAGCAAGAAAAAACCCUAAAAUCGGAAAUAUCACUUUUAAGGUCUAAAUUAGCAAAUUGUGAAACUGAACUGUUGCAAUGCAAAAAUAAAAUUAGGUUACUAAUGGAUGAUCUUCAAAUGGAAAGAAUGGCAGCAUUGCAAGAAAGCGAUGAAAGGCUGCAUUUGGAGAGAACACUAAUAAAUGAAGUAGAAAGGUUUCAAAAUGAAAUAGAACAAGCCAAGGAAGCAACUGACAUUUCAGCACAAUGCAGUGAAAAUUUAAAGAGAGAAGUUUCUUUAUUGGAAUCUGUAAUUAAUGAUCGUAAACGUCAACUAGAACAAUUAAUUAACGAAAUGAAAGAAGCAAAUUUACAAAGUUUAGUUAUAGCUCCUCCAGAAGAUUUAAAACAUAUUGUCGAAGGCCCUUACAAGCCUGGAAUAACUAGGAAAAUGAUAGGGUCUCCUAGACAGUUAGAAAAUGCUGUACCUACCAGUAAAAAUCCUCAUGGUGUUUGGGUUUGA